AUGCCGAAUCUACACUGGAACUGUUGUAACGAUACUAGAGGCAACGAGGACUAUGUAUGUUGUGCGAUCUGUAAUAAUGCCUAUCACCAUGCAUGUUUGCUACCGACCGGUCAGUCAAGCAUAAGCACGGAACUAGAGUCUGAAUGGAAAUGCCCCUCAUGUACGUCAAAAAGACCGAAAGGUAAUAACGAGAAUACGCCUGUACGUAAUGACAUGAAGUUACUUAGCGAACAAAACACAGCGAAAAGAUCGAACAAACGAGCAGCUCUUUCUCCUCCGGAACAAUCAUGUCCCACUGAACAAAGCGAUUUUCGAGAAAUUGUUAGAGAAAUUUUAAAGACUGAGAUGAAUGAGAUGGUUACAAAUUUAACUGCAUCUAUCAAAACCGUAUUAAAUAGCGAAUUAAAACUUUUACGAGAAGAAAUUACAGACAUGAAACACUCAAUAAAUUUUAUUAAUGACCAAUAUGAUGAUUUUAUUAAAGAACACCGCGCUAAUGACACGAUGUUGAAGGAUUUAAAGGAAAAUAAUAGUAAACUGGAGGCGACCAUAGAAAAUCUAAAUAUACGUAUAAACGAUCUUGAACAACGAUCCAGGUCAAAUAAUGUGGAAUUGCAAUGUAUUCCUGAAAAAAAGAAUGAAAAUCUGAUUUCAAUCAUCGAACAGUUGGGAAAUGUCAUAGGUCAGGAUACAACACCAGAUAAAAUUUUAAACGUCACAAGAGUAGCUAAAGUUAAUCGUCUGAGUACCCGUCCUCGAUCCAUUAUUGUUCAAUUUAAUUCUCCGUUGACUAGAGACAGUUUUUUAGCGGCAGUUAUUAAGCAUAAUAAAAGCAAUCCCACCGAUAAGUUAAAUACUUCUCACAUUGGAAUUGGAGCUGUAGGCGAAAAAAAGCCCAUCUAUGUAGUCGAACAUCUGUCACCAGAAAACAAAGCCCUGCACGCCGCGACCAGAAUUAAAGCAAAAGAAAAAGGAUAUAGAUAUGUUUGGGUCCGUAAUGGUCGUAUCCUGAUUCGUAAGGAUGAUAGCUCCGAUUACAAAAUAGUGAAAAAUAUGGACUUUUUAAGUACAUUAAGUUAG